AUGUCGUCAGAUUACGAAGAACCGAAAUUACACCCUGGGCCACACUUGGAGCUAUUCAAUCCAGUCCCGGAACCACUCCCGGAACCUGACAGGAACCUUCAUAACUUUUCCUCCCUUCCUCCUGAGCUUAGGAUUAUGAUUUGGCGCGAGUCUCUCGCCUGUGAGCGCUUAAUCACAAUAGGUCGGCGGCCAUAUUUGCGAGCUGCUAAAACAUCGCCCUUGAUUACUACUACCUAUGUGGUUGGAAUCCCCCAGUACUUGGGAUUGCACCCAGCUCUUUUUGUUAACCAAGAGUCUCGAGAAGUCGCCUUGUCAUACUACCGCAUUCGAAUCCCGUGCAUCAGCCCUCGUUACAAGCUUUAUGAAGGGGAUAUGAACGGGAUAUUCUACUUCAACCCCGACUACGAUACUGUCUUAGUGUUUAGGGACGAUUGGUCGGGUUCAUGGGCGAAUGAAUUUGUCAAGUUCGCUCAGGAGGUUCAGGCUGCUGAUACCAAACAACUGGGUCUCAGAAAUGUUGCUUUCCACGCAGUGCCACGGCGAUUGCAGACUAUUGCGGCACUUGAAAAAUUAAGACAGAACAACGCGCUUAGGCAGGUCAUGUCUGGGCUUCGCAGUGUCAUGUUUGUCCUAGCCGUAUAUCGACGAGAAGAGUGGAGCUCACGUCGAGCCAGCAGCUCUCUAAGAUAUAAACGCGGUAUCCCAGUCAACGGUAUGCAAUACACCUGCUUCCAAAGAGUGCCUCAGGAUCCAAGACCUAGUAUCCAACAAGAUUUGAGACACAACUUUGGGCAAAUACGCGAAAACGGUUCCGAUUUUGAACAGCUCCUGGAUAUUCGGUCAUUUGCAUCCACCUGGAUCCAUCUUCGACGUACCUGGAAACUGGAGAGCCCAUGCGAGCAUAAGUUUAGUCUUACAUCCCGUAUGAGGUUUUCUUGCGAGAGAAGUGACAUUCUGUGGAUUCUUAAGAACGACAACCGCAUUUGGCAGAACUCCCUUAUCACGCCAAAGAGGAAGGGCUUAAUACCGAAAGGAGAAGAAACAGUCGAAGAGUUAAAGACAGCUCCUCAGACAGCUAUUGGCUUCUGGAUCUUCCCCGUGGACGCACUUGGACUGACACCGCCUGUAGGGGCGCCUGGCUAUACUGGGGAGGAGUCUGAGGUGCUCGAUCUCACUGCAUACCACCCGGAGCUGGCACUAUCUGACAUUGACUAA